AUGAUAUGUGAAAAGUGUGUGCUAGAUGUGGCCCCUAUCCAGCGUUUUGAUUUGUCCACUCAGGUGCUUUUGUCUAGGUGCGGGCUGAAUCCAAUGCAAGUUUUUGGAGCAGUUGGGUUCCAGAACAAACGACUAGGUAUUCCCAAAGAGGUCAUUCCACUGGUGGCUAGCAUAAUACCUUCAUGUCGGGACAACGAUCCAAGCAAGCAACCAUCAUUCUACCAGCUCUUGUCAUCGUUGAAGAAAUUACAGUGGUUACAUUGUUACAGAAAGCCUAUGACAAUUUGCGAGUGUUGUUUGUGCAAUAUAUUGGUUUUAUGGGAGGUGCAUGUAUGA